CCCUUAGCAAGAUGGCGGCGAGCGCAUUUCCGGCGUGUCCUUAAGGGUGCGUCCGGGCGGCUGCUGCAAGUGCUGCCCCGAGGGUUCCAGCCACUUUGCUGCAUAGACUACAGAGGUGAUGGCGGGCAGACGGUUUGGCUGGAGCCGAGCGGCUCUUCUCCAGCUCCUUCUUGGAGUGAACCUGAUGGUGAUGCCACCUACCCAGGCCCGGAGUCUGCGCUUCGUUACCUUGCUGUACCGACAUGGAGACCGUUCCCCAGUGAAGACAUAUCCCAAGGACCCCCAUCAGGAAGACAAAUGGCCCCAGGGGUUUGGUCAGCUAACCAAGGAGGGGAUGCUCCAACACUGGGAGCUGGGCCAGGCUCUGCGACAGCGCUACAAUGGCUUCCUCAACACCUCUUACCUACGGCAAGAGGUUUAUGUGCGAAGCACAGACUUUGACCGGACCCUAAUGAGUGCUGAGGCCAACCUGGCUGGACUCUUCCCUCCCAACGGGAUGCAGCGCUUUAACCCAAACAUCUCUUGGCAGCCUAUCCCCGUCCACACUGUGCCCGUUGCCGAAGACAGGCUGCUGAAGUUCCCUUUGGGCCCAUGUCCCCGUUUUGAGCAGCUGCAGAAUGAGACCCGGCGGACACCAGAGUAUCAGAAUGAGAGUAUUCAGAAUGCACAAUUUCUGGAUAUGGUGGCCAACGAGACAGGGCUUACGGACCUGACCCUGGAGACCGUCUGGAAUGUCUACGACACACUCUUCUGUGAGCAAACACACAGUCUGGUCCUGCCGCCCUGGGCCUCGCCCCAAACCAUGCAGCGUCUGAGCCGGCUCAAGGACUUCAGCUUCCGCUUCCUCUUCGGGAUCUACGAGCAGGCAGAAAAGGCCCGGCUGCAGGGGGGAGUCCUGCUGGCUCAGAUACGGAAGAACCUGACCCUGAUGGCAACCACCUCCCAACUCCCUAAGCUGCUGGUCUACUCUGCGCACGACACCACUCUGGUUGCUCUGCAAAUGGCACUGGACGUCUACAAUGGUGAACAAGCCCCCUACGCAUCCUGCCACAUAUUUGAACUGUACCAGGAAGAUAAUGGGAAUUUCUCAGUGGAGAUGUACUUUCGGAACGAGAGUAAGAAGGCCCCCUGGCCACUGACCCUGCCUGGCUGCCCUCACCGCUGCCCCCUACAGGACUUCCUUCGUCUCACGGAGCCUGUCGUGCCCAAAGAUUGGCAGCAGGAGUGCCAGCUGGCAAGCGGUACUGCAGACACAGACUGUUCACCUUUCCACCCUGAGACCUACUCCUCGCCCUCAGCGGACACCCCUUCUCACACCACUGAGAAAACAAAGUGACCUGGAGAAAAUCGUCUCAUUCUCCCGCCACCAGGUCUUCCAGCUUACUUGCUGGUACGAGCCACCACACUGGGCCAGCCUUCCACUUACACUCUGGGUCUGUCUCUUCUCACCUCCACACGGACCCCUGAUGCUCAGUGUUUCCACUCUGCUGGAUCAGUCCCAUCUCAGAGCCUAACAAAAGCCUCUUUGGCCCACACCUCUCUCCAGCUACCACUCCACUUCUUUCUCCCCUUGUAGAGUAGACUCCUUCAAACAGUUGCCUAGACUCUGGUGUUGCUUCCUCACCUCCCCGUCUCUCAGAGUUGUGCUGGAAAUCUUGUGUUACCUGCCACUCCAUGGAAGCCCCUCUUGUUAAGGACCAAUGACCUCUUACCAAAGCCAGUGACCAAUUCUUAGUCAGGUUCUCUUACCUCUCAGCAGCAUUACAGAAUUGGUCACUCCUUCCUUAAACACUUUCUUGGCUUCUCUGGUUUUUCUCCUAAGUCACAGGUAGCUUCCUUAUUGGCUUCUCCUCCUCACUAACCAGUGGAUGGCUCAGGGCUCUUCUUGGCCCUUUCCCCAUCAAUGCCUACUCCCAAGGUGAGCUUAUCCAGCCUUGUGGCUUUAGAUACCAUCUCCAUGCUAAGUUCUGUCUUUUUAUGACUCACAGAUUCGUGACCUCUUCUCUGAGCUGCAGACUUACAUAUCCAGCUGCUGACUUGAGGUCUCUACAUGGAUGUCAACUAAGGCUUCUCACAGUUGAAGUCUAAAACCAAAUGCUCUUCCCCCAAAUCUGCUCUUCCUCCAGGAUUCCCCAUCUUAGUAAAUGCUGCAUUAGCACCUAGGUGCAUAGCAUAACCCCAGGAGCUAUCUUGAAUACGCUUUCUCAGACCUCACACCCAAUCCACUAGCGGGUCCUAUCAGCCCAGUCUUUAAAGCCCAAGCUCUCACUCCCUAGUCCAGUCUACCAUCAUCUCUUGCCUGAAUUACUGAAAAGCUUCCUAAUGUUCUUACUGGGUCUACUCUUUUUGUUUUGGGGGGGGGGGUAAUUAGGUUUUCUUAUUUAUUUGGUUUCUUUAUUUUUUAUUACUGUAAUGUAGAAUUAUUAAUUUACUUAUUGGUUUAUUUAUUAUUAAUAGAGGUACUGGGGAUUGAAGUGGGGACCUUGUGCAUGUUAGGCAUGCACUCUACCACUGAGCUAUACCCUCCCUGCUCACUGGUUCUGUUCUUGGCCCUACCAGUCUAUCAGCACAGCAGAGUUAAUUUUUUAAAAACAUAAAUCAGUCCCCUUCACUACCCUUCUUAGAAUCUUCCAGUGGCUUCCCAUCACAUUUGGAAUAAAAUCCCAAGUUAUUGACCAUGUCCUUUCAGGCCCUACUUGGUCUGGUCCUCUGCCCUCUUCUCCUACUUGCCCCUCAUGUACUCUGCUCUAGCCAUACUGACUUUCUUGCUGGUUCUAGAAUAUGCCAAGCUGAUUCCCUUCUGCAUUCGCUUCCUGUCAUCCCCUCCCCACCCCCCUCCCUGAGGACACUCUUCUCUCAGAUCUUUUGUAUGUCUCACUCAGUGACUCCAGGUCUCUGUUCAAAUUGUCACUUUCUCCGUGACACCUUCCCUGACUGACCUACGUCUCUCUCCCUCAUUUCCCCCUUACCUUGUUUUGUUUUCUUUAUGGCAUUUGCCACUAACCUAUCAUUUCUAUAAUUUGCCUGUGGAUGGCAUCUCCUCUCCUAGAAGGUAAAUUCCACGAAGGCGGGCUUCGUCUUGGCCAGCUGUGACACCCUCACUGUAAGAACAGCACCCGGCAUGUGGUGGGCACUUGUAUGUGUUGAAUGAACACUGACGUGACCUUUCUCUCCCCCUCACCCCACCCGGUGCUCAGAGGUGAUUGUGGCCUUGGCUGUAUGUGGCUCCAUCCUCUUCCUUCUCAUAGUGCUGCUCCUCACCGUCCUCUUCCGGAUGCAGGCCCAGCCCCCUGGCUACCGCCACAUCGCAGACGGGGAGGAUCAUGCCUGACAACCACUCAGCCCCCUUCCCUCUGCCUCCUAGGGGAGGUGGGCUGGGCCCUUGCACCUGACGUUGCUGCUCCCCAGCCCAUGGACAGGAGACCCUGGGUUGGGCCUCCCCCUGAUUACCCCAACCUAGAUGAACAAGUGGGGCUCAGCUUGGCCCAUGGCACCUCACUCAGCAUUCAUGUGCCUGAUGUUUACCAAGUACUGUGUUGGACAUUGGCUUUCUCCAAACAGGAUUUGCCUGCUCUAUGCUCCCCUAAGGACCUGAAAUGUAGACAGGUAUUGAGGUUUCACUCAGGACCUGGGAUAAAAAAGACUGAAGGAGUUGGUGCUUGAUCUGCUUUGCCUCUCCAUCAAGCCCUGCUCACUCUCUUCCAGUCUGGAGUCCUUGGCAAAUGGCCAGGGGACAGUCUUGCCUCUCAGUGUUUAUUUUAGUGGGAAAAACUGCACAACAUUGGGGGUCUAGUACUAACACUGGCCACCAAGGAACUGGAUCACCUAAGAGCCAGCCAAGCUUUCCUUUGUCCAGCUGAAGCCACCUUUAGAGUCAGACAUGAUGCUUCCGAUCUUUGUCAGCCCUGCAGUUGAGCAGGUCAGAAGGAUGUUUGUACUUGGGAAAGAGUCGGGGAGGUGGGGGGGUGGACUGUGGUACCGAAUCAUGAAACUACUAUUCCUGUCAGCUGGGCUGGGAUCUCCAGGGACCCGAGGUAUGUGCAGCUGGACAGCUCUUGACUGUGGCCCAGAAUAGGGCUGAGACAGAGAAUGAAGAUUUUGGACUCAGUGCUGUUCCUAUGCCUUGUCUUCAUUUUGGGGACCUGAGAAGCCCUUUGAACAGGUCAGUGCUGGAAGAUCCACUCAGAAGCUCAGUUGGGUAUGGUUUUAUUGGCUAUGUCAGUAGUGAGCGCAAAUCAAAACCCACUACCUGAUCACUCUGCCACUGCAUGUCAGAGAGGAGAAAGACAAGAAGCUUGGCUCCAGGAUAGAUACAGCAGUGACCCUUGGGGCAGCUGGGUCGCCAACUCUGGAGAAGUUUCUGGAGCUAAGUCCAGAGCAGUAACAUGCCAGUUUCCCGGUCCCAGUGCCCCUGCUCCAACCCUAAGGCUUGGAUACCUCUGGCCCUUUAACACAAAGCCGCCUCUUCUCGCAGGACUUGUUCUCAUGUGGCUCCAAGCCCUUGCUUGGCCCCCACCUUCAUUAAUGUCUCUCAUUUCCGCAUCCCAGUUUCCUCCUGGCUCCAAAUGAGAAUGUGAUAACCUAGAAGGGGUGAGACCAGUCUGACUCGCACCUUCCAUUAUCAGCCUCUGAGAAUUUGGGGCUGACCCAGGGAACCUAGGACUCGGUAAGGUGACACCAGGAAACUGGACAGCAACCAGGCACUGCUGUGACGAAGACAAAGCAGAAGGGAUGGAGGGCCCAGGCCGAAGAGACCACUGUCUCCUGGUUAUCUUCUUUACUGACUACAACUCUGGGGUGAAUGUGACAGGGCAAAGCUGGGGUUAGCCUGUACUGAACCUUGGGAAGUAGGGUGGGCUUGACCAGCCCGAGAUACACUCACCCAUCACGGAGGCCAGCGUGUCCCCCAUGGGAUUGAACUCAUUGAGCUGCAGAGAAAAGGGGAUAAGCAUGAGGAGUGGGUGAAGGUAUUGGGAGAACACACAUGAGGACUAAUUUCUGGUCAUUUUUGGUCAAUAAGGUAGGCUGAAUCCCUGCUUCCUCCCAUGAUUUGAGGGCCCAAGCCUCACCGACAUGAUACCAGAAGAUUCUGGGUCAUACAGCUGAUACAUCAUCUUUCCUGAGCUUCCAUCAAACACAUCGAUCGUCCUUAAUUCAUGGGGGGUACAACUUUUGAAAUUAGGAUCUGGGUAUCGGCCCACAACAAUGAGGUUGUACCGAGGAUGCCAGGUUGCCUAGGAGAUGGAGAGACUGGUCACAAGAGUAAAUGCGGAACAGUCAAGAGGGCCAUCAGAAGUGUCUUUGCCACUAACAACGAUGUUAAUACAACUGCCAAGUUAAUAAUGGUGAUAAGACCUACGUGAAAUUACAGGAGUAAUUUUCAAGUGCAUGUUCAUCUACCACUGCAAAUUUAAAAUCCCCAGCUGGCCUCCCUGACCUUCAGAAUACCUUCAGGCCUUCUCUCUCCUUUGUAUUUCCUGGGAUCAUACCAAGUGAUAAAUGUUUUAAUUAACAUCAGCCCGAGCCAUUACCAAAGAGGUAAGCCUACAACAAAUUGAAAAGCAUCUGAUAACCAAAACCAAACAGGACAUAAGUUUUGAAGUAAUCCCACUAUUCUCCCUCUAUCAACGUGAAUGAUGAGUUGAAUAGAAAAUGGCUCGUGGCUGAAAAGGGGGUUGGACAUCUGUGUUCCCCAGACCACCCUGCUCAGUACAAAUCCUGCAGUUACUGGAAUGAUGGGACUGACUGGGAUUUUCCCAAAGAAAGCUUUGCAAGGAAGUUUUGAAGGAGAAAAGACAUGAUCAGCAGGAAGAAAGAACAGGCAAUGGCUUGGCCAUAAGUCUUCAAGUCACAUGUGGGAUGCUGUCAGUUGGCCAGGCUGGAUACAAAGUGGGAGAUGAGGACAGAAGGAUCAGUGGGAACGCCAACUGGUGCAGGACCCUGAUGUUACUGAGACCUUGGAUUUGACCUGAGGUACGUGGGGGCCACUCUAAUGCUAAAUCACUGUUUACUGGGUACUUACUAGGUGCUAAGCAAGGUGCCAUGUUCUUUUAGGAUACUGCUUCAUCCUCACAGCAACCCUGUUGGUCAGAUACUAUUAUUCUCUUUAUAGAUGAGGAAAUUGGGAUCCAAAAUGUAAGCAAUUUGCUCAAGGAUUCUACCCCACAGGGGGUCUGCCUGCCUGAACUAUGCUAUACUGACCAAAGAAGUAUAGGCAUGAGACCUGGAGGUCUGAAGGGGGGCUGUGGUUCUAGAAAAGAAUACACACUCAUAGAACAGGAUAAUGGCAGACUUCAGACUGCCUAGGGGCGUGGGCAGGAAGGAAUCACAAGACGUGAAGACUAAGCCUUGGGGACUGCGGCUAGAGAACCUGCUAUCGAGGGCUAAGGUCAGCUGCAUGUGGUUAACUGAAGCGGAGGACAGAACAGAGGCCAGGGUCUUAGAAAGUGCUCGCGGUGAGGAGAUCUGGGUGUGGGAACAAUGCAGGAAAACAAGCUUGUUAAAGAGACAUGAAGAAAACUCAGCAAAAUGGGAUCACAGAGUUGGGACAAACAGAGCAGAGAGCCAGAGAAUAAGAGACGCUUUGUCUCAGGGCAGAAAGAGAUCUGGGCUUAAAGGCUUUCAUUUCUGCCCCCUUCUCCCCUCCCUGGAUAGACUUGACCCGUCCUGUGAUCACAGCUCCCGUCCCCUCCUCACUUACCUUGAUGGGUGUCAGGUGCUGAAAGUGGCGGUGAGGGUGCGGGAUCAGGUGUGGGGGGCAGUCCCACUGAGAGGCGGAGUAAACCCGGAUCUCACUCUUCUGGUCAGUGGUCAGGAGCUGGGCUCCAUCGGGACUGAAAUGAGCUGGCAAAGUGAAAAGCCCCUGAGCUCGAGGAACCACAGGCCCCCUGUUGUCCUGACCGUCACAGGCCUCUUGCAGGGGCACCCUCCCUCCCACUCCUCAAUAGACAGGGGUGGAAGGGAGGUGAAUCUGGGCUGCAAACAAAAACAUCCCACAAACUCAGCAGCUGAUGGGGGAAGCUACAGCCAGAAAGGUCCCAAGACAGCUUGGCUGAUGCUUUCAGGGGUAAAGGUUUGGCCCAGUAGCUUCUACACUUUGAGGGAAAAGCCCAGAAGCGGUCGGGUCAGCAGGGUCUGCAGGAAGGACGAGAUCUGGUAUAUCACACCUGCGUUGACAGGAUGCCUGUGUGGCAGUGAGUAGAGGAAGCUGGAUUUCCCUCUAACCUGGCGCAGGUCCCAGAUUUUCACUGUUUGAUCUACGGAGGCUGUGGCCAGGAACCAAUCACAGCAUGGGUUCAGGGCCACAUGGGUCACUUUCUUUUUGUGCAUUCUCAGAUUCCAAAGCUGCAGAGAAGAGCUUGGUUCAGGAGGGGACACAGAACCGAGGAUGGGGUUCAGGGAGGGAGGGGGAGGACCUGGCUUCAGGGAACGCACCUCCCUGCCAUCCAUGUUCAGCAGGAUCACAUGCCCCACAUUGUCUCCUGUGACCACCACUCGGCUUUUGACAGACACAUCCAGGCUGCAAAACCAGAUGCUGGAGGGAGAGACCGUGCUGUAAGAUUCUUGGGUACAGAGUCAAAUUCCAUUUAUUCACUGUUGAAGCUCAUGUCAGACAUAUAGUAGACUGUCAAUAAAUAUUUGUUGAAUCAAUGAAUAACCUGCCAUGGGCUCCCAGUGAGGAACACUCAGAUUUGUCUACCGUCUAGAUAGAGGGUAUGGGGGUGGUGGGGCUCGGAAACUUGUCCAGUUACUGCUGGGCUCAGGAUCCUCAGCUAGUAAGAGUCCCUGAAGCGGACAAAGCCAGAGCCAUAAGGCGGGUCCCCAGGCUGGCUUGCCCACUACAGCCCUGGGUUCUGAGGAGGACUCAUUUAUAGCUUUCUCCCUUUACUCUCCAUCCUCCACGCCACACAGUUGGCCUGUAAGGAACUUCUGCCCCCUUCUGAGCAUUUAGGGGGAAACGCGUACACAACCCAGAAGCUGCAUCUUGCUCUUUUGUCCUGAGACUACCUGAGGAUGAAGAGAUGGGGGGGUGGGGGGUGCUUCAGGGAUCCUGAGAGCCGGCCAGGAGAGCUCAGAUUCACAUUUUUUUCCCCUCUAAUCCUUGCUACACUGCCUUUUGCAUCCCGUGUAAAUAUCUUUCAUAGGGAGGGCUUCCUGUGGAAGAAUAAGAUGGAGCUGAAUCCAUCCUGUCACCUGUCCUAUUGCUUGCGUAUUUCUUAUCCCUGUGGGGCAGCCCAGAAUAAGGUCCAGUGCUAGUUAGACCCCCACACUCUCAAUUGCUUAGGGAGCAGAGUUUUGAGCCAGUAUCUCUGGCUCAAAAUCAAAGUGACAUGCAUUUUGUUUCUCCAGCCACUUUCUCUAUGGGCAUGAUUCUGUCCAUUUAAGCUUCCAUCAAGGAAAUGGUCAGGUCAUUGCAACCCAGUGAACAUAGGGAAUGGAAUCUUAAGUUCUGAGCUCCUUCUCUAGACUUUAAGUGGCUUUCUAGGCCAAUGCCAUGCUGACUUGUCUAGUGAGAAUCAAGGUCUAGUCUCAUAUGGGAAGGACUGACAGAAGAGCUGAAGCCCUUCCCUCUCUGAGAGAAGCUGAGGCAGGCUCCAGAACCCCUCCCGGAGGCAGUGCCACACCAGGCCCAGGGGGAGAGCAGCUAAAGACAGAGCCUGAGGAAGGGAGGGGAAGGUGGGAAGGCACUAACACCUUUCCUUUCCUCCCUGUGCCAGGUUUGGGUAAAAGAAAUGGGAUCUGAUGCUUUCACCAGAACUACACCGAGAGCCUAGAAGCCCUUUUCCCUCCUAGUUAAACUACUCACUUGCAGGUGUCUGAGGUGGCAAAAACUCGGAGAGUGUUGCCUUUAAAGUCUUGCAGCCUAGUGGUUCCCUCCAUUGAGGAGGUGAAAAACUGGUUGGUAUUGAGAGGGUUAAACUUCAGCCCAGUGAUGCUGCCUCCAGCUCCAAUCUAACACAAGGAAGAAAAAAGCCAGUGAAUGACAAGGGCCCAGGUAGGGGACAAAGCCUGGGAGCAGAUACGCUGUUUGGACAUAGAGCCAGUCAGGCCACACUUGGGGCCAGGCCAGCUUGGAUGCCUAGACACUAGGAUGCUCUCCACAGUACUAGUUAAAGUUUUAGUUUUAUAGUAAUUAACAUACAGUGAAUUUGGUUGUCUUUGGUAUACAGAUCUAUGAAUUUUAACACAUGUAUAGAUUUUAAUAACCAACACCAAAACCAGGAUGCGGAACAACCCCCCCCCCCCCCAAAUCCCUUGUGCUCUCUCCCACUGUAGUCACAUCCUCUCCCAUCUCCUAACCCCCGGCAACCACUGAUCCGUUCUCCACCGCUGUACUGUGGUUUUGCCUUUGAUAGACUAUCAUAUAAAUGAAUCAUAUAGUGUGCAGCCUUUGAGACUGGCCUCGUUCGUUUCAGUGUAUUGUCCUGAGAUUCAUCCAAAUUGCUGUGCGUAUCUAUAGUUCAUCCCAUUUUAUUGCUGAUUAUUCCACUGUCUGGGUGUGCCAUAGUUUGUGUAUCAUACAAGAGGUCUUUUCAGAAGAGCUUCAGCUUGAAACAGUGGCUGGGCUACAAAGGCAGGUGUCAGAUCUGAGUUCCUUCCUAUUUUUUCCAGCUCUCCCAGACAAUGAUGAGAAUAAUCACGUAGCAUAACCUUAUUAAGUGCUUAUGUGCCAAGCACUGUUCUAAGAACUUUAUAUCCUCGAGGCUCCUCCUCCACUUCUCCCAUAUGCUGUUGCUAUCCCAGCCUUACCUCUAAAAGGCCUCUUAACAGAGCAUCCACUUAACUCACUGAACAUACUAAUUGGCACUUUCCAUUUCCUCUACAAAACAUUCUCACCUUUGCUCAUGGUUUGCCAGACCCAUGCUGCUAGUAAGAAUCUGCUCCCACUAACUGAGUUCAGUGCUUACAAAGGGUUAGUUGUGUUUGUUCUUAAACCUAUAUAUUCCAGUUGUACUUUUUGUAAUCACGUAAUUUAAUUAAACAUGUAAUUUAUUAAACAUUUAAACUUCAAACACUUAAACAUUUCAUUAAACAUGUAAUUUAAUUAAACUGAUGAAAUAUGUGUAAAAAGGAAGACUUGUUAUUUCUAUGAAAACCACGUUGAACACUUUGGAAAAGCUGGGUAAAAAUGAAUUGCUAAAACUAAUGGUUGUCGACUUAAGCAUGGGUGAGAUAGUUGUAAAUGAUUAGAGUGGGAAAUGGAAACUAGACCCUAUAAAGACUGUAUUAUGGGUGUGAUGUAUGCAAGACCAGGUGAACCCUAAUCAGUGAACAUUUACUCCAAGAAAAGGACUGCCCUAUGUCAAAGCAUUAGUAAUAAACAAUACAUAAACAUUUUAAGGUAAAA